AUGGCACACGGACAGUUUGCUAAGUUGUUUGACGACAACAAGUUAAAAGGACCUAAUUAUGCAGACUGGUACCGUAACCUUAAUCUGGUUCUCACAUCCGAGAAAUUGGACAAGGUUGCUAAGAACCUAGCACUGGAACAUCUGGGUGACAGGGCUUCUGAAGCACGUAGAAGGGAAUAUCUGGAAUUAGAGGAGAAGAACUCUCUUGCCCGGUGCUACGUCGUAGCCUCUUUAGACAACUCUGUCCAGAGGCAGUUUGAUAAGAUCAAAAUCUACAAAGAUAUUUUGGACAGUCUAAUGAUGAUGUACAAAGAGGAGAAUUGCUCUACUAAACAAAAGAGGGUUGAGGAACUGAUAAAGAAAGACAAGCUGGUUGCCAUGCUUGUUGAAAGUGGCAAAUCUGACAAGAGAAAGAGAAAGAGAAAGAGAAAGGGUAAGAAGAAGCCUCAACAGAAGGCAGGCAACUUGAAGAAGUAG